CCCAGCCCAAGCUGAGCGCUGUUCUGGCCCGAAGAGUGUCCCCGGGCUUGGCAUGAGGACCCUGGGGUGCCAAGGGAGGGGCUGAAGCCCAGCGCGGUGGUGGAGGAGGGCGGACAGAAUGACUGAGAACAUGAAGGAGUGCUUGGCGCAGACCAAGGCGGCCGUGGGGGAGAUGGUGACGGUGGUGAAGACAGAGGUCUGCUCACCGCUCCGCGACCAGGAGUAUGGCCAACCCUGCUCUAGGAGACCAGACCCCUCCGCCAUGGAAGUGGAGCCCAGGAAACUGAAGGGGAAGCGUGACCUCAUCAUGCCCAAAAGCUUCCAGCAAGUGGACUUCUGGUUCUGCGAGUCCUGCCAGGAGUACUUUGUGGAUGAGUGCCCGAACCACGGUCCCCCGGUGUUUGUGUCCGACACGCCGGUGCCUGUGGGCAUCCCAGACCGGGCGGCCCUCACCAUCCCCCAGGGCAUGGAGGUGGUCAAGGAAGCCAGUGGGGAGAAUGACGUGCGUUGCAUAAAUGAGGUCAUCCCCAAGGGCCACAUCUUCGGCCCCUAUGAGGGGCAGAUCUCCACCCAGGACAAAUCAGCUGGCUUCUUCUCGUGGCUGAUUGUGGACAAGAACAACCGCUACAAGUCCAUUGAUGGGUCAGAUGAGACUAAAGCCAACUGGAUGAGGUACGUGGUCAUCUCUCGGGAGGAGAGGGAGCAGAACCUGCUGGCGUUCCAGCACAGCGAGUGCAUCUACUUCCGGGCGUGCCGGGACAUCCGGCCCGGGGAGCGGCUGCGGGUCUGGUACAGCGAGGACUACAUGAAGCGCCUGCACAGCAUGUCCCAAGAGACCAUCCACCGCAACCUGGCCAGAGGAGAGAAGAAGUUGCAGAGGGAGAAGUCUGAGCAGGCUCUGGAUAACCCAGAAGACCUGAGGGGUCCCCUGCAGCUCCCCGUGUUGAGACAGGGCAAAAGUCCCUACAAGCGUGGCUUUGACGAGGGGGACGUGCACCCCCAGGCCAAGAAGAAGAAAAUCGACCUCAUUUUCAAGGAUGUGUUGGAGGCCUCGCUGGAAUCUGCAAAGGUAGAAGCCCACCAGCUGGCACUGAGCACCUCGCUGGUCAUCAGGAAGGUCCCCAAGUACCAGAACGACGCCUACAGUCAGUGUGCAAUGACUGUGUCACAUGGCGUGCAGAAUGUCAGCCGGACCCAGGGGGAAGGAGACUGGAAGAUCCCCCAAGGGGCUUCCAAGGAGGCAGGCCCAGUGGAGGACGAAGAGGAGGAGCCUUCGUCGUUCAAGGCCGACAGCCCCGCCGAGGCCUCCCUUGCAUCCGACCCUCACGAGCUGCCCACCACCUCCUUUUGCCCUAACUGUAUUCGCCUAAAGAAGAAGGUCCGGGAACUCCAGGCCGAACUAGACAUGCUUAAGUCUGGCACGCUUCCUGAGCCCCCCACCUUGCCAGCACAGGUACUGGAGCUCCCCGAAUUCUCAGACCCCGCAGCCUCAGAGAGCAUGGUCUCCGGCCCUGCCAUCAUGGAGGACGAUGACCAGGAGGUCGAUUCGGCAGACGAAUCCGUCUCCAACGAUAUGAUGACGGCCACCGAUGAGCCCUCCAAGAUGUCGUCGGCCACCGGGCGCCGAAUCCGGCGCUUCAAGCAGGAGUGGCUGAAGAAAUUCUGGUUCCUGCGGUACUCCCCGACCCUCAACGAGAUGUGGUGCCACGUCUGCCGCCAGUACACGGUGCAGUCCUCCCGCACCUCGGCCUUCAUCAUCGGCUCCAAGCAGUUCAAGAUCCACACCAUCAAGCUGCACAGCCAGAGCAACCUGCACAAGAAGUGCCUGCAGCUGUACAAGCUCCGCAUGCACCCCGAGAAGACGGAGGAGAUGUGUCGCAACAUGACCCUGCUCUUCAACACCGCCUACCACCUGGCCCUGGAGGGCAGGCCCUACCUGGACUUCCGGCCCCUGGCCGAGCUGCUGCGGAAGUGCGAGCUCAAGGUGGUGGACCAGUACAUGAACGAGGGAGACUGCCAGAUCCUCAUCCAUCACAUCGCCCGGGCGCUGCGCGAAGACCUGGUGGAGCGCAUCCGCCAGUCACCGUGCCUCAGCAUCAUCCUGGAUGGACAGAGUGACGACCUGCUGGCUGACACAGUGGCGGUCUACGUCCAAUACACCAGCAGCGACGGGCCCCCGGCCACGGAGUUCCUGUCCCUGCAGGAACUGGGGUUCUCCAGCACAGAGAGCUAUCUCCAGGCGCUUGACCGGGCCUUUUCCGCCUUGGGCAUUCGGCUGCAGGAUGAGAAGCCCACCGUUGGCUUGGGCAUAGACGGGGCCAACGUCACAGCCAGCCUGCGGGCCAGCAUGUUCAUGACGAUCCGCAAGACACUGCCCUGGCUGCUGUGCCUGCCCUUCAUGGUGCACCGGCCCCACCUGGAGAUCCUGGAUGCCAUCAGUGGGAAGGAGCUGCCCUGCCUGGAGGAGCUGGAGAACAAUCUGAAGCAGCUGCUGAGUUUCUACCGUUACUCGCCACGCCUCAUGUGCGAGCUGCGGUCCACGGCGUCCACCCUCUGCGAGGAGACAGAGUUCCUAGGGGACAUCCGGGCUGUGAGGUGGAUCAUCGGAGAGCAGAACGUCCUCAAUGCCCUCAUCAAGGACUACCUGGAGGUGGUGGCCCAUCUCAAGGAUGUCAGCAGCCAGACCCAGAGGGCGGACGCCUCGGCCAUCGCGCUGGCCCUGCUGCAGUUCCUCAUGGACUACCAGUCAAUCAAGCUCAUCUACUUCCUCCUGGACGUGAUCGCCGUGCUGUCACGCCUGGCCUACGUCUUCCAGGGCGAGUACCUCCUGGUGUCCCAGGUGGAUGACAAGCUCGAGGAGGCCAUCCAGGAGAUCAGCCGGCUGGCCGACUCUCCGGGGGAGUACCUGCAGGAGUUCGAGGAGAACUUCCGGGAGAGCUUCAACGGGAUCUCCACGAAGAACCUCAGGGUGGCCGAGGCCAAGUUCCAGUCCAUCCGGGAGAAGAUCUGCCAGAAGACCCAAGUGAUCCUGGCUCAGAGGUUCGAUUCCCGCAGCCGGAUCUUCGUGAAGGCCUGCCAGGUGUUUGAUCUGGCCGCCUGGCCCAGGAACAGCGAGGAGCUCAUGAGCUACGGCAAGGAGGACAUGGUUCAGAUCUUUGAUCACCUGGAGGCCAUCCCCACCUUUUCCCGGGAUGUCUGCAGGGAAGGGCUGGACCCCAGGGGGAGUCUGCUGAUGGAGUGGCGGGAACUCAAGGCUGAUUACUACACCAAAAACGGCUUCAAAGACCUGAUCGGCCACAUUUGCAAAUACAAGCAGAGGUUUCCACUCUUGAACAAGAUCAUCCAGGUCCUCAAAGUCCUCCCCACCUCCACCGCUUGCUGCGAGAAAGGCCGAAACGCCCUGCAGCGAGUUUGCAAAAACCACCGCUCCCGCCUGACUCUGGAGCAGCUCAGCGACCUGUUGACCAUCGCUGUCAACGGUCCUCCGAUCGCCAACUUUGAUGCCAAGCGAGCCCUGGACAGCUGGUUCGAGGAGAAGUCUGGCAACAGUUACACACUGUCGGCCGAGGUCCUCAGCAGGAUGUCCGCGCUGGAACAGAAGCCAGUGCUGCAGACCGUGGACCACGGGUCAGAGUUUUUUCCGGAUAUUUAGGGAGCCGGAUCGCAGAGUUCACUAAGCUGUUGAAUAUUUUUUUAAUCUAUACUCAUAAGCUUUGAUAUAUUAUAUAAAUAUAUAUUAUAUUAUAUUAUAUAUAUAUAUAUAUAUAUAUAUAUAAACCCACACUGAAAAAAUGUUAAAAACCAAGGUGACACGUCCACCAGAAGCUACUGGGAAAGGAAUAAUGUCAGAAACUGACUCUCGUCUACAAAAUUUGGCAGCUGCAACACACGUGGAAACUCAUUUUCACUCACAGAAGCAUGUGCUGGGGCCACACGUGUUCCCACCUCACAGUCAACCAACCGCAUAAGCUAAAAUGACGGGUCUGUCAUCACCUUUAGGUAGCUCAUUUUGUUUCUGUUCUCAUUUGGGGGUUGAGGGGUUUGGGUUUGGGUGUAUUG